GCGAGCGCCGCAGCGGGACCAGUCGGCAGCUCCUGCAUCCCGGCCGCCAGCAUCCUCCGCACCGGGCCCGCACCCCCGCGGCCCCGGCCUCGGCGGGGCCAUGGCCGAGAUCACCAGUGUCCACCCCGGCUUCGAUGUGUCCCCCGUGGUGGCCGGACUCAUCGGCGCCACCGUGCUGGUGGUUUCCGUCUCAGUCACAGUCUUUGUGUGGACAUGCUGUCACCAGCAAGCAGAAAAGAAGCACAAAACCCCCCCUUACAAAUUCAUCCACAUGCUGAAAGGCAUCAGCAUCUACCCGGAGACCUUGAGCAACAAGAAGAAAAUCAAGCGGAUCCGCCGAGACAAGAGCGGCGCGGCCGGGGAGGGCGGCAGCGGGGGCAACCUCCUGCUGGAUGCUGCUGAGGCCGGCUUGGGGGGCCCCAGCAAGGCUCCAGACGGACCCCCCCAGGUGGAGCAGCUCCCCAUCAAGGUGGAUUAUGGAGAUGAACUCAGCCCGGAUCAAAGCCUCACUCCGGGAGGAAGCAAAACCUCCUCUCCCUCUUCUCCGGGCGACGACGUGAUGCUGGGAGAGCUGACUUUCUCCGUGGACUACAACUUCCCAAAAAAGGCCCUGGUGGUCACCAUCCAGGAGGCCCACGGGCUGCCGGUGAUGGACGAGCACACGCAGAGCUCCGACCCCUACAUCAAGAUGACCAUCCUGCCCGACAAGAGGCACCGCGUCAAGACCCGCGUGCUGCGCAAGACCCUGGAGCCCGUCUUCGACGAGACCUUCACCUUCUACGGCAUCCCCUACAGCCAGCUGCAGGACCUGGUGCUGCACUUCCUGGUGCUCAGCUUCGACCGCUUCUCCCGCGACGACGUGAUCGGCGAGGUGAUGGUGCCCCUGGCAGGCGUGGAUCCCAGCACGGGCAAGGUGCAGCUCACCAGGGAGAUCCUCAAAAGGAACAUCCAGAAGUGCAUCAGCAGAGGGGAGCUGCAGGUGUCCCUGUCCUACCAGCCCGUGGCACAGAGGAUGACUGUGGUGGUGCUGAAGGCCAGGCAUUUGCCAAAGAUGGACAUCACUGGCCUCUCAGACCCCUACGUCAAGGUGAACGUUUACUACGGCCGCAAGCGCAUCGCCAAGAAGAAGACGCACGUCAAGAAGUGCACGCUGAACCCCGUGUUCAACGAGUCCUUCAGCUACGACAUCCCGGCCGAGCUGCUGCCCGACGUCAGCGUCGAGUUCCUGGUGAUCGACUUCGAGCGCACCACCAAGAACGAGGCCGUGGGGCGGCUGAUCCUGGGCGCGCACAGCGCCAGCGCCGCGGGCGCCGAGCACUGGCACCAGGUGUGCGACGGCCCCGGCAAGAGCGUGGCCAAGUGGCACAGCCUGAGCGAGUACUAAAACCCAGCCUGGCGCGUGCCACCAGGUUGGGUUGGCACUAGGACUGGAGUGGAGUUGAGUUGAGUUGAGUUGAGUUGAGAGAAGAAGAAGAAGCUUGGUUGGUUGGUUGUGGUUG